AUGAAUUCUUUAGUAAUAGAAGAGCGAACCUCGCGUAUUCGAUUGGAGCAACAUACUAAAAUAUUCGCAUCUAUGUGUCCCGAUGAAAUCCUUGAUCAUUAUGAUACUUACGAAACCAGGGAAUAUCAUACGACGUUGUUGCUCGGUGACAUUUCAGGCUUUACAGAUCUCACGGAAAAAUAUACGAAAACCGGUGUCGGCGGUCCAUCUAAACUGUCGGAAACCUUGAACAGUUACAUCGGUGCGAUGGUGCAGGAAAUUCUCUCGCAUAACGGAGACGUGGUGAAAUUUUCCGGCGACGCGUUUAUAGUAAUGUGGAAGCUCCAAGAAGGAAUGUUUAUGCGCGAUAUCGCGACAGAGGCAAUGCAAACUGCGUGUGUCAUACAGAAACAUUUCGGAACUUACCAAACCGACGUCGGCGUAAUUCUUAAAGUAAAACUUGCCAUUGCUUCUGGAAAGACGUACUUCACGUCUAUUGGUGAUCCAGAAACGUUGUCGUAUUAUGUUAUCACUGGGAAACCUGUCUGGGAUGUAAAACUCGCCGAAGGAUUAUGUCGAGGAGGCGAUAUUCUCGUGGCACCCAGUAGCUGGCAAUGGGCGAAUCCUAAUGAGUAUAUCCACGAAAAGUUACCGGAUGGCAUACAUACCCUGAUCAUAGCCUGCUCAGCAAUGUGGUAUCAAUCUAAAACUCAAGAUAUAUUAAAUAAUGACAUUGAGGAUGACGACAUAGAUAUCGAACAUUUAGAACGCAGAGAUUUCGCUUUUGCAUCAUUCGAUACCGAUGUAAGUAGUGCAACUUUAAUGGAUCAGAUAGACGAUAGUUGGAAGGAACAUGGUUUUGAACAAGUCGAUUAUAGUCUGAGGCCCAAAGUCAUCAGGGUAGCUAAAGCACUAUUGAAAGAUUCAUUGAGAAGCUACAUUCCCAGACCAGUGAUACGAUCCGUGGAAUUGGACGAGCCGUUGGAGCAUCUUACAGAGAUGAGACAAGUAGUCAUACUCUUCAUCAAUGUCAUUACGGCGAAUGUGUAUAAGGAAAGAUUGAUCUCGCUCGUUAACAAGGCUUAUAAAUUAGUCUGCGAGCUAGUCAACGAAAUGCACGGAUGCGUGAACAAGACGUCUCUCUUCGACAAGGACCUGAUAUUCCUUUGCAUAUUCGGAUUGCGAGGCGAUAAACAUGAGUUGGAAUCGCAGAUCGGAUUGAGAUGCGCCAGCAGACUGCGGCAGGAUCUUUUAGCGAUGAACAAUAUAAAAUCCGUAACGAUUGCCGUUACCACUGGGAUGACAUAUUGCGGUGUGAUCGGUCACGUUUUACGAAGGGAGUAUACCGUGAUCGGAAUGUCAGUGAACAAAGCGGCACGUUUGAUGGUCGCGUACAAUAACAAAGUGGUGUGCGAUCGUGAGAGUUUCCUGCAUUCUCGUCUCGAAGCAAGACAUUUUAUAUUGCAAGAGCCGAGACAUUUGAAAGGAAUCACGAACAUCGGCCCUGUAUACGAGUUUCAGGAACAGACAAAAUUUACUACGCCUGAAUUAACAGAGAGCAAUUAUCCUUUGCUCGGCCGAGAAGCAGACAUCAAGGUUUUCCAGGAGAUACUGACGAAUAUGAUAGAAUAUUCUACCAGGGACAAAACAACGGAACAUUCAAAGCCCGAAUACAACACACUAAUUAUAAAAGGCGAGCCGAGAAUUGGCAAAACAAGAUUGUUGGAUGAAAUAGCACAGAAUAUUCCCACAGAUAUACCAUACAGUUAUAUCUCCCUGAUGAUGAGCGACGCUAAGGUUAACAAGAUUUUUCUGCUUUUAUUUAAUUUAAUUUAUGCUUCUUACAAUUUGAUCCAUAUGAUCUUCUCCAAACCGCUGAAUUUUCACAUCACCACCAGUCCAAGAGAACGCGAGGAUAGAUUGAUGUUAGAACUAGGCCGGAUACGCGAACCUGAAUUUCUCUGCGCCCUCAAUCAGCCCUUCAACGUUCAUUUCGCGAUGAGCCCACGUUACACGGCUCUAUCCGUGCAAGAGAAGCGCAAGAUGCUAAGAAAGCUUUUGCUGAAGCUGCUGAGAAGCUGCUUCAGGGAACUAUGGGUGAUGAUCAUCGAUGACAUUCAGUAUGGAGAUAAUGAAUCCAUGCUAUUAUUCCGCACGAUGACCAGGCGGAACAUGGUCUUCUUUGUUCUUAGUAUCGGACACAGGUUCGGCGGAGAAUACGAAGUGCAUCCUGGCAUUUUCGAAAGAGCACAAAUUAUUGAAUUAAGUCACAUAGACAAGUGGUAUCACGCAGCACUAGCGUGUCAGAUCCUUCAUGUGUACGGAAUUCCUCCUGAACUCGAAAAAUUGAUUCAAGAAAAAAGUUUUGGUAAUCCAGGAUGGAUAGAAAGCUAUCUGGUAAGCCUUACGCAAUCUGGCAGCCUUUUGAUAGUAUAUGUACGCAAAACGCUAGCCGAAGAAAUGGGUUAUGUACUUCCUCCCAUCACUAUGCUACAAAGAUUUGUCUCAGAGGACAUCGUGCAAAAAAACGAUGUUAACGAAGAAAAUCGUUCAGACAAAUGGCAGAUGUAUCGGACAAGUUAUCGAAAUGAUCCAAUAACUUCGCUACAUCUGCAACGGGCCGUUCAUAAAUCAGAAACAAUUGAUGAUGAAGAAAAGAUCGCUGUUUGCAAAUUCGCGAAAGGUUUUGUACCAGAAGAGGGAAAUACUGAGAUGACAAUGGACGUAAUGAUCUUGAAACUCUUCGACUCAUUAACACCAUUGGAUCAACUACUACUAAAAUGCGCAUCAGUGUUGGGAGAAAUUGUUAAUAGAGACAUGUUACGAUAUCUAAUGGAAGAUAAACCUGCUAGAGAAAUUGGACUCGCCAUUCAGAAACUCUUCGAAAUUCGAAUUUUUGGAUGCGCGCGGGGUGAUUUUACUACAGGUGGUAGGCCAUUGGUAUUUUACAGAAAUAUAAAAAAGAUUAGCGUCGAGACAGAAAUUGAGUGCGAUUGUAUAGGCCUCAUAAUACGAGAUGAACUAGCUGACUUGCCGCGAUACGCGUCUUGCGGUUUAAUCCGUUUCAAAAUGUCAAUGUUUCGCGAAACUACUUACAGAUCACUUACAGAAAAUCAGAAAAUAGAAUUGCACAGCAAAGCAUUAAAAUUUCUUCAAAGACAUAUCAGACGAUGUAUGGCAUGUGGCGAGUUACAAUUUGGAAAAUUGUUAGGCAAAACAACCGUCCAAGAAAUUAAAAAAAGAAGAGCAACUAUUGAGCUUCCCGAAACGUAUCAACUUGAAGAAGCGACUUACACUCUCAAAGAAGAUGCAGACGACGAAAGAACACCGAUUUGUCUCAAUAUUUUCCGAAAAGUCAGGAAGCCAAUCAAAACCUUCUCUAACGUUGACUUUGCCAACUGCCAAUGCCACCUUAUAUUAAUAACCGUCUAUGCGCAAAUGUUAGAUCAUUGUCAAGGAAUCGGAAAGCCAGACAUGAUCUUGAUGGCAAUUCUGGAAUUUGUAGAAGUGUGUUUGGCAGAUAACAAUGUACCUCAAGCUCGUAGACUUUUGAAUGAUGCUGAAGUUGUGCUUCAGCAAAUGUUCGAAACUCACAAAGAAGAAUCAAUAUUCCUGUCUUAUAUCACCGCAAAAAUCCGAACGUUUCAAGGUAGAUGCCAUCUGGAAAGUGGUCUACUUUCCGAAGCGAAGAAAAAACUGAACGAGGCAAUGAACAGUCUGGGUUAUUAUUUUCCGGAACACAACUUCCCGAUUAAUUUGAAGUCGACAAUACAACUCGAGUUGUUAAGAUGGAAACUGACUUGUCCCAAGCCUUGGAGAAUCGACACCGUCGAUGAGCUCACUAUAAAUUAUAUCGAACAAUUGGCUACUUGCUUAGCACAAAUGUUUGAAGUCUUUAGAGGAACACAAGGAAUGAUAAACCACGCACGAUUAGCAGCUAUAUGGAGCUUGAAUGCUGCGUUAGAGUCGUCGAGAGAUUUUUUCACGCUCUGCACUUCGUUUACGAACAUGAUGCUUACUGCUCACGUCUAUCGAAAAAGCCGGUCAGUUAUUCCUUAUUUGGAAAAACAGGCUCUCAAUAUAUGUGCGAAAAAAGGGGAUUUUCUCGAAUUCCAAGAGCUCAAAGGCAUCGCCGAAGUUUAUGCUGGAGUAUUUUUCUCGCGAUGGUUGAGAGGAGAGAUUAACAAAGCGAUCAGAAUCGGCUUUAUCGUGUCAAGGAUGGCGCAAACCAUGGAUUCCGUGUUUCUCAAAACGCUCAUACUACCGAGAUUAGCGCACUUGCUCAUGAUGUCACGUCGUCAUUCAGAAGUCGUAGUUUUAUUGAGAGAAUUGGAAUUCGCGUCGGAAAACGACUUGGAAAAAUCGAGCCGCACAUGGUAUUACGCUACUUGCGCCGACGUACAACUCGACACAGGCAUUACAAUACUCUCAUUUCAAAAUUGCGAGCAAUAUUAUCUUAAAGAAGGGGAGUCCAUAAUCAGCCUGCACGAUCCCGAAGCGGAGAGACGAUAUUUCACCUCCAUGUGGCUGUGGUGUAUCAGAACGGAGCAGUGGGAAGCUGUGAAAGUUUGGAACAGCAGGAACGUAACAGCCGAGAGCGUGGUGGACGAGCACAAGGUGGCUGCGACGAUUACGGCGUUGAAGAAACUUGAGGGACUGCUACUUUUGUACGUGCGGGAAGUUACUAAUAGAAACAUCAACGCGCUAAACACGAUGACAGAAAUUAAAAAUAUAUUCAAACAUAUCGAAAAUAUGGUAAAGAUUGUAAAAAUUGCGAUUCCCAGAUAUAUGUUAAUGAAAGCUUACUAUUAUAUGACCCAAUCGCGAAAAAAUGCUGCAAUAAAGAUGUUACAACAAACGAAGAAAUUAUCUAUGAAGGUAGAUAACAGAAUGAUUUAUACAUGGGCAAAUCAUUGUCAACAGGAUUGGAUGGGCGCCAUGUCUUCCAUACAUGAAGAUUUAUGGAAAGAAAGAACUAUUAAGUUAGAUUAUAUUCAAGACGAAGUGAAUGUUAACGAAUCGAUCAUGAUACCUUUUACCUUUCCCUUGCCGAAAUAUAUUUUGUAAAUAUUUAUAACAUAUUAUGUUAUUUGUGUAAAUAUAUCUGUUAAAUUUAAUUUUUAUGUAACCUUAAAUAAAUUAG